GUAACAGUUUUAUAAAGAUAUUGAAGACGCCCGGGCGUACGUUUGUUGUCUGUCUUGUGUUUUACAAGCAAGAUGCUACCUGUUUCAGAGUUGCUGUUUCUGAUGGUAUUAGGAAUCUCUUUAGGUGAUGAAGACAAAGAUUGCAUUCAAGAACGAAUAUCACUAAUCAACCCUUCUUACGUGGAACAAAAACUCGAUCGUUUCCAGUCCGAAUUACAGGAGCUAAAAUCUAAGCUUGAAAACCGCGUACUGUUUACAAGAUGGGGAAGGAGAGAUUGUCCUCAAGGUAUUUCAACCCUGGUGUACGCUGGCUACACGGGCGGUUCCCGUCAUACACACAAUGGAAGCGCUGCUGAAUAUGUAUGUCUUCCACCAGAUCCAACAUGGGGUCCAUUUAAAUAUCUAGAACACAGUUCUGUUGGUUAUAUGUACGGAGCUGAGUACGAGGCUCCGGAGCAGAUGUUCGGAGUAUCGAAUACUAAGGAGGACAUUCCGUGUGCUGUAUGUGAGGGUACGUCCCAUUCGGUGGUCCUCAUGAUUCCUGGAAGGGUCAAUUGUUACCCUAACUGGGUGGAGGCAUACCAUGGGAACUUGGUAUCCGGUUACCGUGAUCACCAAGCUGCCAGUCAAUAUAUAUGUAUGGAUGGAGAACCGCAGACGGUUCCCGGAGGUGGAGCCGUAAACGAUAACGGUAAACUGGUGUAUGGAGUUAAAACAGUGUGCGGAUCUUUGCCAUGUCCGCCAUACGAAAAUGACAAAUUCUUAUCGUGCGUCGUAUGUUUGAAAUGACACGAUCUGUUUAUCUGUGUCCGUCGACAAGGAACGACCCCGGAACCACAAUCUAAGAAAUAUUUUCUGAGGGUCACACUGUGAUAAUAACAGAUGACAACAAUGGGUUAAUAUUUGAAUCCUUUAACUUGCUCCAGUAUUGAGGGAAAUCGCCAAGGACGAACAAUUGGUUACAAUGAGUUGGUAGCUAUAAUAGUCAUUUUACUACUAAUGAGCAUGUGCAAUUGUGACAUUGUGAUUUUCAGAAAUUAUUUAAGAUGCAUAAUAAUAUAUCUAAAUGAUU